AUGGCGGCAGUGGUUUGGGUCACAGGCAGCCAGCAAGCAUCUAAUACUCUGGCUGGCAUAGACCAAUCAGGUUUCCCUGCCCUAAGACGAGUGUGUAUGUGGUGGUUGGACACACACUGUUCUGUAAAUAGAAAAAUAGAGUCCAGCAAGUGGAUUGCAUGGGAUUUUUACUGCUAUUAUGUGCAAAAUGGAUAACACUUUACUGUAGGUGUCCUUUUGCAUGCAUUCCCUAACGUCUUUAUAACAGCUAUAAAACAUUACAUUUGUCUUAAGCUGCAAAUUGUCAUAACAGUUAUGAUAUUAUAAAAACGGAAAUUAUGUUAUAGAUGUGUUGUCAUAUGCUCCUUUAAAAUCAACUGUUAAUAAGGACUGCUAUUACAUAGUCUGCAUGACAACUUAUGUGAUGUUAGUACAUUCUACAUAAGAGUCUACAUACAGAUGUUAUAAAAGGGUAUUAUUUCAUUUACCCAACACUUUCACAUUUUUACAUUUAAGGAAUGCCUGAAACCCUACCUCUUUUAAGAAUAUCUGGAAUAGUUACAGUAAUCCUUCAAGCUGCAGAAAUGUUUGGGACCCUCCCAGUCUUGAUUGACAAUCCUGCCUUAUUCGGACAAUUCCUUCGACUCAUGGCUUGGUUUUUGCCGACAUCUGUCAAGUGGGACUUUAUAACAGGAGUGCCUUUCCAAAUCAGCCCAAACAAUUGAAUUACCAGGGGACUCCAAUCAAAUUGUAGAAACAUUAAGGAAGAUCAUGAACGAUGCACCUGAGUCAAUUACGGUCAUAGCAAAGGUCUGAGUAUUCAGUUUUUUCCAAAAUGUCUAAAACCUGUUGCUUUGUCAUUAAGGUAUUGUGUGUAAUUAUGAGGACUCAAUUAAUUUAUCCAUUUGAAUAUGCUGUACGUACAUGGGAAAAAUGAAGUGGUUAUUUUUCAGAAGCACAUAAUCCAUUAGCCCAAGACAUUUAUCCCCCCCCCCCCCCCCCCCCCCCCCCCGUGCUGACGGGUCUUCUCAAGGGCACCAGCGCACGCGUUGAGUGAACAUGACUUUAUUUGAGUAAAGACACGAACGACAAAAACAAUAAACAAAGACGGCUAGUGAAGUCCACAGUUACAAAUACUGAAAUACGGAACAAUAACCCACAAUGCCCACAGGAAAACAUGCAGUAUAAAUAUGGCUCCCAAUCAGAGAUAACGAGCCGACAGCUGACACUCGUUACCUCCGAUUGGGAGUCAAUGACCAAACCUAGAAACACACACAACAGAACUACCAACAUAGAAAAUCACCCAAAACCCAACAAAACACAAUACACCCUGGCUCAAAUACAAAAGUCCCGGAGCCAGAGUGUUACAGAGUAGUUUUACUGUAACCAGUGCAUUCCAUGAUGUAAGUGGUCCAAGACUAAUGGACCACUGUGAUAAAGAGGUGGUCUGUCUGAUACUGUGUUUGACCACGACAGCCUUGCUGAAUCCAGUGCUGAUGGUCCAGUACUAUAAAAGAGGCUCCUGGUGUCCUCCUGGGCCUCCCAUGUCUCUUGCUGGUUGGCUGGCAGCAGGGCAGCGUUUACACCUCUGAAUGGCGCUGGCGUCUGAGAUCAUCUGGAGCGUAGCAUAUGCUUCUCUCCUGAGCCACCAUUCCGCCGAGCUUGUACCAUAUGUCAACCCCUCCUUCCUCAGCCAUGCGUGACGUGUACUCACGUUCUUUCCUGUCUCUACCUCCCCGUUAUUCAGUGUUAAACAUAACUGUGCAAACAACUGCUGUGUUUUUUUCGCUUCUAUUUAUUUCCACAAGGGCCUUUGUUUGAUAUCAUAUCUCCCUGGUGGGAAUGGAGGAGUGUCUUUUUGAAAGUGUGUCGCUGGCAUGUAGGCCUAGAUGUUGUAUGUCAGCUGGUCUCACUUGUUCUGUCUGUGGAGAGAUGAAAGACCUGAGGACAGGAUGAGGGUUUGUUUUCUUCUCGUGUUUCCAACUUCAUUUUGUACUCAACAUAGCAUUAACAUGGCCACCAAACUGUUUUGUGUUGAGUUGUGCAAAUGCGCGCCGUGAGAAUAUAUCGGUAUGUUGUUUAUACCAAGCGUGUGUGCAAUGUUCCUGUGUUUGUAUAGCACCCACUGUCUUUCAUUAAAGUGCAACUGCAGCCAGCUACAAUAAGCAAACCUGCUCAGGCCUCUGAAUCACUAAUAGAAUGUGUGAGUGAGCACUGUGAGGGAAGGCCAAACAAAAAGCUAUUGCUGUUAGUACGGAAAUCUGUGAGUUUAUGGAUCAUAAAGGGUUGUAAUCGUAUCUCUGAUUUGUGUUUCUGCGGUAAAACAAUCAGAAUGCCUCUCAAAUAAUUUUGUAAAUACAUUCUGAGGAAUAUGAGCUGUGUUUCAGGGACCUCACAAAUCAAAAUGUAAUUUUGGACUCGUGACAGCUGGGCUGUAUUGAUAUUGCGGGAGGCACAUUACCGUUACUCACGCUUUAGGCCCUGCUGCGUCGCCUCGCCAACGCGCCCAAAACUUGUUCAGGCUGAAGGUAUGGCGCCAUUAUUUUGGUAAUGUUGCUUCUAAAUUGCAUGUUUUAUUAGGGCUAUUCCAUGCUCCAUUCAGCAGUAAAUUUGUUAGAAGAAAUACAAUGUUUUUUUUUUCUUCUGUCUCAGUUGUGCAUUCGUUCCAGUUUUCAAAAUUCCUGUGUCUGGAUUGCUUCAUACUGUGGGGCCCAUUCUCAUUCCAUUCUAUUACACCACACUCCAUUUGAUAAUGAUGCUUUUUCCACCAAUGAAUGGAAAUGACUUGGGACAAGGCCUGCAUUCUAGCCAUGCUAAAACAAACAGGAGUAGGACUAGAUGUAGGACUACCUCAGCAUACGUAGUUAAAUAAAUCCCAUCAAGUUUAGAAGUAGCCUCGUUAAUUGAUUAACGUCAUACAGUAUGAUGUCUUGAGCAUCUAGUGAGCCGUCAGAUUCAGUGCAACCCUCGUCUCGACUGAGUGAGGGACUUGGAGAAGACUGGAAUCUGAGCACUUGGUGUGAUGGAACUGUUUGAUAAGGUGUAGCUUUUCUGACUCUUCUCUGAGGUAAAUGGAAUCACAGCCAUGCUCAAUACUGAAAAACCUCAGAUAUUGUGCUGUUCUGAGAGGCUUGGGGAGAGCUGGGGAGAGAUGGAGAGAGAUGGGGAGAAAAAGGGCGGGCAGGCAGCAUUGAGGAGGAUUUUGAUUGACAUGGACAUGAAUGUUGGCAGCUAGAAGACUACUCUUGAGGGCAGAUAAAGAUGGCGGCAGUGGUUUUGGGUCACAGGCAGCCAGCAAGCAUCUAAUACUCUGGCUGGCAUAGACUCAAUCAGGGUUUCCCUGCCCUAAGACGAGUGUGUAUGUGGUGGUGGACACACACUGUUUCUGUAAAUGAGAAAAUAGAGUCAGCAAGUGGAUUGCAUGAGGAAUUGUACUGCUAUUAUGUGCAAUAUGGAUAACACUUUACUGUAGGUGUCCUUAUGCAUGCAUUCAUAACGUCUUUAUAACAGCUAUAUAAAACAUUACAUUUGUCUUAAGCUGUCAAAUUGUCAUAACAGUUAUGAUAUUAUAAAACGAGUUAUGUUAUAGAUGUGUUGUCAUAUGCUCUAAUAUCAACUGUUAAUAAGGACUGCUAUUACAUAGUCUGCAUGACAACUUAUGUGAUGUUAGUACAUUCUACAUAAGAGUCUACAUACAAGAUGUUAUAACAGGGUAUUAUUUCAUUUACCAACCACUUUGUCACAUUAUUACAUUGAAUGGAAUGACACUUGAAACCCUACCUCUUUAAGGAAUACCUGGAAUAGUAUAACAGUAAUCCUUCUACCCCCCCCCACCCCCCCUAAGUUGAAUGCACCAAUUUGUAAGUCGCUCUGGAUAAGAGCGUCUGCUAAAUUACUUAAAUGUAAAUAUGUCCUUAUAGUGUGCACAUACACCUUCAGUAAAGUUACAUUAAUUUGAGGUGUUAUAAAAUAGUUAUGAAUGUGUUUAUACCACAGAAUGAGUUGAAAGUACUACAAAACUAAACCAUUCAUAAAAUCUCCAGGAAACAUGGGAAAAGGGGAGGACAGAUGUAUUUGAUUAUUUAUUUAGGUGCCAUGUGUCAAACUGCAAGCAGGCUGUCAUGUGCCUUUUACUGAGGAGUGGCUUCCAUCUGGCGUCUCUUCCAUAAAUACCUGAUUGGUGGAGUGCUGCAGUGAUGGUUGUCCUUCUGGAAGGUUCUCCCAUCUCCACAGAGGAACUCUGGAGCUCUGUCAGAGUGACCAUCGGGUUGUUGGUCACCUCCCUGACAAAGGCCCUUCUCUAGGAAGAGUCUUGGUGGUUCCAAACUUCUUCCGUUUAAGAAUGAUGGAGGCCACUGUGUUCUUGGGGACCUUCAAUGCUGCAGAAAUGUUUUGGUACCCUUCCCCAGAUCUGUGACUUGACACAAUCCUGUCUCUGAGCUCUACGGACAAUUCCUUCGACCUCAUGGCUUGGUUUUUGCUCUGACAUGCACUGUCAACUGUGGGACCUUUAUAUAGACAGGAGUGUGCCUUUCCAAAUCAUGUCCAAUCAAUUGAAUUUACCACAGGUGGACUCCAAUCAAGUUGUAGAAACAUCUCAAGGAAGAUCAAUGGAAACAGGAUGCACCUGAGCUCAAUUACGAGUCUCAUAGCAAAGGGUCUGAGGUAUUUCAGUUUUUUGCCAAAAUGUCUAAAAACCUGCUUUCGCGUUGUCAUUAAGGGUAUUGUGUGUAGAUUGAUGAGGAACUCAAUUAAUUUAAUCCAUUUUAGAAUAAUGCUGUAACGUAACAAUGUGGAAAAAGUGAAGUGGUCUGAAUUUUUUCAGAAUGCACUAUAUAUCUCAUUUAGCAGACACUUUUAUCCAAAGCGACUUAGUCAUGCGUGCAUCUCUCUCUCUCUCUCUCCCGCACACACACACACACACACACACACACACACACACACACACACACACACACACACACACACACACUACACUUAUUAAUUGUGUCGGUCUGUGUAAUGUGAUGUUCUCUCAGAGAAACGACGUGGUCUAAGGCGAUAGCCACAGAUAAUGAUGAUCCUCUGUCCGUCCUACAAUGUAGCUCCUCUUCUCUGUGGAAUCAAAGAUGGGUAUACUUUUAUCCAAAGCGACUUAGUCAUGCGUGCAUCUCUCUCUCCGGCGCACACACACUAAUGUCAAUGUGCUGUGUUAUUGCAUCAAGUACACAAAGUUAUCUGGGAGAUUUUUGUUCACUAAUGCAGUGAUCGGAGACAUUCACUUAAUUUCAAUAGGAUAAGAAUGGUGCCGGAGGGGAUGGCUGCCGUUUUACGGGCUCCUGACCAAUUGUGCUAUGUUGUUAUUUUUUGCACAGUUUUGUAACUUUUUUUGUUCAUAAUGUUUGCCAUCAUUUCCAAUGACUGAAAAGAGCUUCUGGACAUCAGAAAACCGAUCACUCACCUCAAUCUGGACGUGUCUUUAACAACAGCUGGUGCGCAAUCUUUAAUAUUAAUGAAGUCUCUAGGUAUUGCUCGCCUGAGUUAGAGUACCUCAUGAUAAGCUGUAGACCACACUAUCUACGAAGCAAGUUUUCAUCUAUACUCUUCGUAGCUGACUAUUUACCACCACAAACCGAUGCUGGCACUAAGACACCACUCAACGAUCUGUAUACGGCCUUAAGCAAACAAGAAAAUACUCAUCCAGAGGCAGCGCUCCUACUGGCCGGGGAUUUAAUGGAGGAAAACUGAAAUCCGUUUGCCCUAAUAUCUACCAGCAUGUCACGUGCAACUAGGGGGGAAACAACUCUAGAUCACCUUCAUUCUAUCCUCUUGAUUCCUGCUUAAAAGCAAAAACUCAUACAGGAAGUACCAGUGACUCGCUCAAUACGGAAGUGGUCAGAUGACGCGGAUGCUACGCUACAGGACUGUUUUGCUAGCACAGACUGGAAUAUGUUCCGGGAUUCAUCCAUUGGCAUUGAGGAGUAUACCACCUCAGUCACCGGCUCUCCGUAGCCGACGUGAGCAAGACCUUUAAACAGGUCAACAUUCACAAGGCCGCGGGGCCAGACGCAUUACCAGGGCGUAUACUCAGAGCAUGCGCGGACCAACUGGCAAGUGUCUUCACUGACAUUUUCAACCUCUCCCUGACCGAGUCUGUAAUACCCACAUGUUUCAAGCAGACCACCAUAGUCCCUGUUCCCAAGAAUGCGAAGGUAACCUGCCUAAAUGACUACCGCCCCGUAGCACUCAUGUCGGUAGCCAUGAAGUGCUUUGAAAGGCUGGUCAUGGCUCACACCAUCAUCCCGGAAACCCUAGACCAACUUCAAUUCGCAUACCGCCCCAACAGAUCCACAGAUGACGUAAUCUCAAUCGCACUCCAUACUGCCCUUUCCCACCUGAACAAAAGGAACACCAAUGUGAGAAUGCUGUUCAUUGACUACAGCUCAGCGUUCAACACUAUAGUGCCCACAAAGCUCAUCACUAAGCUAAGGACCCUGGGACUAAACACCUCCCUUUGCAACUGGAUCCUGGACUUCCUGACGGGCCGCCCCCAGGUGGUAAGGGUAGGCAACAACACAUCUGCCACACUGAUCCUCAACACCGGGGCCCCUCAGGGGUGCGUGCUUAGUCCCCUCCUGUACUCCUUGUUCACCCACGACUGCAUGGCCAAGCACGACUCCAACACCAUUAAGUUUGCUGACGACAACACAGUGGUAGGCCUGAUCACCGACAACGAUGAGACAGCCUAUAGGGAGGAGGUCAGAGACCUGGCAGUGUGGUGCCAGGACAACUAGUGUGAGCAAGGCCCCCAUUAACAUCGAUGGGGCUGUAGUGGAGCGUGUCGAGAGUUUAAAGUUCUGUGGGACAUUGAAAAGAUUUGGCAUGGGUCCCCAGAUCCUCAAAGUUAUACAGCUGCACCAUCGAGAGCAUCCUGACCGGUUGCUUCACCGCCUGGUAUGGCAACUGCUCGGCAUCCGACCGCAAGGCGCUACAGAGGGUAGUGCGUACGGCCCAAUACAUCACUGGGGCCAAGCUUCCUGCCAUCCAGGACCUAUAUUCUAGGUGGUGUCAGAGGAAGGCCCAAAACAUUUUCAAAGAAUCCAGUCACCCAAGUCAUAGACUGUUCUCUCUGCUACUGCACGGCAAGCUGUACCGGAGCGCCAAGUCUAAGUCCAAAAGGUUCCUUAACAGCCUCUACCCCCAAGCCAUAAGACUGCUGAACAAUUUAUCAAAUGGCCACCCGGAGUAUUUACAUUAACCCCCCCGCUGGUGCUCGCUGUUUAUUAUCUAUGCAUGUACAAACUACCUCGACUAACCUGUACCCCCGCAAAUUGACUCGGUACUGGUACCCCCUGUAUAUAGCCUUGUUAUUGUUAUGUAACUUUAUUGUGUUACUUUUUAUUUUUAACUUUAGUUUAUUUAGUAAAUAUUUUCUUAACUCUAUUUCUGGAACUGCAUUGUUGGUUAAGGGCUUGUAAGUAAUCAUUUCACGGUAAGAUUGUGACAAAUAACAUUUAAUUUGAUUUGAAGUUCAUCUCUUCAGUCGUGUUUGUGUCAGCAGGCUUGAGUAUGCUCAUCGUAAUGACCUUAGCCCGUUCCCUUAUUGCUAUUCCUGUAGAAUGCCAUUGUUCAUUAAAAUGACUAUAUGCCAUUAAUGAGACAUUGGCUCAUAACUUUAGAUGACCAUACCCCUGGGCCGUUGUCUGUAAAGUCUUCCUCCAGAGUGACUAACAGUCUCCACACUGGUCCAGGGGUUUGAACUCUGCGCCUCUGCCCUAGAGUGCCACUUAGUCCAGCUCUGGAAAUCUUUAGUACGGACAGUGUGUGGAGCCUAACGAGGAGUCGGCUGUCAUGUGGGUAGUGACAGGAGGAUAUGAUACUACAGCAGGCAGCAGAGGUCUAGGUUGAUGAUGAAACCCUGUAGAGCUCCACAGACAUCAUUAGAUACAGCCACAUCCUCUGAGUGGCCGUUACCUGGCUCGGAGAGCAGAGACGCAGUAGGAAUGGGUAAUGCAACAGCAUUGCACAGCUCCGAGGUCACAUACUCUGUUUUUGGUGGCUUACCAUUAGCCUCAUACUAGUCAUAAGGAAAUAAAGGCUUACCAGUUUGUAAACUGCAUUUACUAAGCUUCAUUACUGCAGCAGUGCAGAAUGAUAGGCCUAGGUGUGUUCUCGAUACAAGUCAUUAUCUAGAUUCUAAAUGUUCAGAGUUUUAAUAGUCACCUGUGUAGGGUUGCAGGUGUGAUUGCAGGGUACAAUGAAAAUCUUAGGCUUGGAGCUCCAACAUGCAGGACUAAGUGAAAUAAAAUAAUGAAAAUGGUAAUAAAAACAAUAGAAAUAGAAAUAGUACUAUAUACAUAAUAACAACUGUAGCAGUGAUGAAUAAAUACAUGUCCAUUUGGGUGGAGGUAGGGUAAAGACUGUUGAGGGGGUGGGGUGGAAUGACCAUAGGGGGAGCAGCAUGACCAUUGAGGGGGUGUGGGGAUGAAGUGAAAUUAAAACUAUUAAAAAAGUAAUAAUAUUCAUAUUAACAACUGCAACAGUGAUGAAUGUCGUUGGGGUGGGGGCAGAGUAAAAGUGCGUUGGGGGGUGGCAUGUCCAUAGGGGGAGAAGCAGGGGGGAGGUUCAUAAUACUCAAAUGAUGUACCUUCAUCAACAAAUACACAUACCUCCCAGACAGCCUUCCUAAACCAGGUUAAUUCCCAAAUCCAUGCAUACAACACAAUACACUACGAUAACGUUCACCCUCCCCACUGCCUCUUCUUCACAUAGUAAAUUCCCUAGCAGAUACAGCGGUUCCAUACUCUGGAAUUCCUAUCUUCACAUUGGCAAAAUAUCAUCAUCCCUCAAUAUCUUAAAGUGUACAGUCGUGGUCAAAAGUUUUGAGAAUGACACAAGUAUUGGUCUUCACAAAGUUUGCUGCUUCAGUGUUAUGAGAUUUUUGUCAGAUGUUACUAUGGUAUACUGAAGUAUAAUUACAACAUUUUUUAUUAUUAUUUAUUAUUAUUAAUUACAAGCAUUCUGUAAGUGUCAAAGGCUUUUAUUGACAAUUACAUUAAGUUUAUGCAAAGAGUCAAUAUUUGCAGUGUUGACCCUUCUUUUUCAAGACCUCUGCAAUCCGCCCUGGCAUGCUGUCAAUUAACUUAUGGGCCACAUCCUGACUGAUGGCAGCCCAUUCUUGCAUAAUCAAUGUUUGGAGUUUGUCAGAAUUUGUGGGGUUUUGUUUGUCCACCCGCCUCUUGAGGAUCGACCACAAGUUCUCAAUGGGAUUAAGGUCUGGGGAGUUUCCUGGCCAUGGACUCAAUGUUGAUGUUUUGUUCCCCGAGCCACUUAGUUAUCACUUUUGCCUUAUGGCAAGGUGCUCCAUCAUGCUGGAAAAGGCAUUGGUCGUCACCAAACUGUUCUUGGAUGGUUGGGAUAAGUUGCUCUCGGAGGAUGUGUUGGUACCAUUCUUUAUUCAUGGCUGUGUUCUUAGGAAACAUUGUGAGUGAGCCCACUCCCUUGGCUGAGAAGCAACCCCACACAUGAAUGGUCUCAGGAUUCUUUACUGUUGGCAUGACACAGGACUGAUGGUAGCGCUCACCUUGUCUUCUCCGGACAAGGUGUUUUCCGGAUGCCCCAAACAAUCGGAAAGGGGAUUCAUCAGAGAAAAUGACUUUACCCCAGUCCUCAGCAGUCCAAUCCCUGUACAUGUUGAAGAAUAUCAGUCUGUCCCUGAUGUUUUUCCUGGAGAGAAGUGGCUUCUUUGCUGCCCUUCUUGACACCAGGCCAUCCCCCAAAAGUCUUCCCCUCACUGUGCGUGCAGAUGCACUCGCACCUGCCUGCUGCCAUUCCUGAGCAAGCUCUGCACUGGUGGUGCCUCGAUCCCGCAGCUGAAUCAACUUUGGGAGACGGCCCUGGCACUUGCUGGACUUUCUUGGGCGCCCUGACGCCGCCUUCACCACAAUUGAAGUUCUUGAUGAUCCGAUAAAUGGUUGAUUUUAGGUGCAAUCUUACUAGUAGCAAUAUCCUUGCCUGUGAAGCCCUUUUUGUGCAAAGCAAUGAUGACGGCACGUGUUUCCUUGCAGGUAACCAUGGUUAACAGAGGAACAACAAUGAUUUCAAGCACCACCCUCCUUUUAAAGCUUCCAGUGUAUUAUUCUAACUCAAUCAGCAUGACAGAGUGAUCUCCAGCCUUGUCCUCGUCAACACUCUCACCUGUGUUAACGAGAGAAUCACUGACAUGAUGGCAGCUGGUCCUUUUGUGGCAGGGCUGAAAUGCAGUGGAAAUGUUUUUUUGGGAUUAAGUUCAUUUUCAUGGCAAAGAGGGACUUUGCAAUUAAUUGCAAUUCAUCUGAUCACUCUUCAUGACAUUCUGGAGUAUAUGCAAAUUGCCAUCAUCAAAACUGAGGCAGCAGACUUUGUGAAAAUUUAUAUUUGUGUCGUUCUCAAAACUUUUGACCACGACUGUAGACUAGGGGUCAGCCUGAUUAACCAAACUAGACAGUAGUCUCCAUGUAGCCAAGCUCUUUCUCUCUCACGCGCGCGCACACACACACCAUUUACAUUUUUUCAUUUUUAGUCAUUUAGCAGACGCUCUUAUCCAGAGUGCAUACUUUUUUUUUCAUACUGGCCCCCCGUGGGAAUCGAACCCACAACCCUGCCGUUGCAAGCGCCAUGCUCUACCAACUGAGCUACACGAUUUAUCAGGUAUACUGAGUUAUCAUGUACAUUUUAUAAUUAGAAUGCUCUGUUUCUACUUUCUACUUAUAGCGUUUGAAGCACCUAUCUGUAGUAGACACUGAAUCGAUUCACUUUGAUUGUUCCUGUGUGUGUUGAUUCAAAUCAAAAUGUAUUUGUCACAUGCGCCGAAUACAACAGGUGUAGACCUUACCGUGAAACGCUUACUUACAAGCCCUUAACCAACAAUGCAGUUUUACAGUGAGGGGAAAAAAGUAUUUGAUCCCCUGCUGAUUUUGUACGUUUGCCCACUGACAAAGAAAUGAUCAGUCUAUAAUUUUAAUGGUAGGUUUAUUUGAACAGUGAGAGACAGAAUAACAACAAAAAAAUCCAGAAAAACGCAUGUAAAAAUUUUGAUAAAUUGAUUUGCAUUUUAAUGAGGGAAAUAAGUAUUUGACACCCUCUCAAGCAGAAAGAUUUCUGGCUCCCAGGUGUCUUUUAUACAGGUAACGAGCUGAGAUUAGGAGCACACUCUUAAAGGGAGUGCUCCUAAUCUCAGUUUGUUACCUGUAUAAAAGACACCUGUCCACAGAAGCAAUCAAUCAAUCAGAUUCCAAACUCUCCACCAUGGCCAAGACCAAAGAGCUCUCCAAGGAUUUCAGGGACAAGAUUGUAGACCUACACAACGCUGGAAUGGGCUACAAGACCAUCGCCAAGCAGCUUGGUGAGAAGGUGACAACAGUUGGUGCGAUUAUUCGCAAAUGGAAGAAACACAAAAUAACUGUCAAUCUCCCUCGGCCUGGGGCUCCAUGCAAGAUCUCACCUCGUGGAGUUGCAAUGAUCAUGAGAACGGUGAGGAAUCAGCCCAGAACUACACGGGAGGAUCUUGUCAAUGAUCUCAAGGCAGCUGGGACCAUAGUCACCAAGAAAACAAUUGGUAACACACUACGCCGUGAAGGACUGAAAUCCUGCAGCACCCGCAAGGACCCCCUGCUCAAGAAAGCACAUAUACAGGGCCGUCUGAAGUUUGCCAAUGAACAUCUGAAUGAUUCAGAGGAGAACUGGGUGAAAGUGUUGUGGUCAGAUGAGACCAAAAUCAAGCUCUUUGGCAGCAACUCAACUCGCCGUGUUUGGAGGAGGAGGAAUGCUGCCUAUGAUUAAAAUGCAAAUCAAUUUAUAACAUUUUUGACAUGCGUUUUUCUGGAUGUUGUUGUUGUUAUUCUGUCUCUCACUGUUCAAAUAAACCUACCAUUAAAAUUAUAGACUGAUCAUGUCUUUGUCAGUGGGCAAAUGUACAAAAUCAGCAGGGGAUCAAAUACUUUCUUCCCUCACUGUAAGUGUUAAAGUAUUUACUAAAAUAAACUGAAGUAAAAAAUAAAAAUGCAGAAAAAUAACAAAUAACAUAGAGCUGGAAGAUGUGGACAAAAAUCCAUAUCGCAAUCCAUUUUAAAUUGAUGUGAUAAUGAUAUAGAAUAAUACGUUUAACAAUGUGAACCACUGUUUUUGUUAUUGUCCUUUUAAGCAACUACUAGUAGUUUGGUGGUUGUAGCCAUCAAUUGUCCCAUUAACAAUCCCCCAUAUUAUUUCAUUUCAAACUUCACAUUUCUUUGCUACUUAUCGUAAUGAAUGCUACCAGCAAAAUAGCUACAUUCCCCUAUCCUCUCCCUGGCGUGGCCUGCAGACAGACACUAUCCUCUCCCUGGCGUGGCCUGCAGACAGACACUAUCCUCUCCCUGGCGUGGCCUGCAGACAGACACUAUCUAAUUCUCUCCAGAUUGGCCCUUUAUCCAGUCCCCCAGUGCACAGCCUUUUAUGGCUUAAUUAAAUAUCAGACAUCGCUAACUCUGCUGUCCCUAACCCCUGGGCUACAUCCUUCCGGACCGCCGAGAGAGGAGGAGGACAGAACGUUUGAAAUACAAUGAGAGGGGAGAUGUUGUUGAGGCAGAAGGAACAGCCUCGAUGCCGACUGCUGUCAUCAGUAAAUAGGCUGGGAGUUCAUUUGCGUUCAUUACUGGGAAAUGAGUUAGCCCGGGGAUGGCCGUGUAACUCAGAUUACAGCUGAUGCGAUUGAAGAUGUAGUUACAUGUUAAUCUCAUCUUCUGUGUCUGUCCCUAAAAAAAACUACAUGGAGAAGAAAAUAUCACUUCAGAUUUGCCAUGCCUUUAUAUGGUUCCACUGGAAAUAGAUGGCUGGUUAUGCAAUACUGCCUGCCUGUCCCUUCCACUUACAUUUACAUUUAUGUCAUUUAGCAGACGCUCUUAUCCAGAGCGACUUACAAAUAGGUGCAUUCACCUUAUAGCCAGUGGGAUGAUUACUUUAUCCUAUCCCAGGUAUUCCUUAAAGAGGUGGGGUUUCAAAUGUCUCCGGAAGGUGGUGAGUGACUCCGCUGUCCUGGCGUCGUGAGGGAGGGAGCUUGUUCCACCAUUGGGGUGCCAGAGCAGCGAACAGUUUUGACUGGGCUGAGCGGGAACUAUGCUUCCGCAGAGGUAGGGGAGCCAGCAGGCCAGAGGUGGAUGAACGCAGUGCCCUCGUUUGGGUGUAGGGACUGAUCAGAGCCUGAAGGUACGGAGGUGCCGUUCCCCUCACAGCUCCGUAGGUAAGCACCAUGGUCUUGUAGCAGAUGCGAGCUUCAACUGGAAGCCAGUGGAGUGUGCGGAGGAGCGGGGUGACGUGAGAGAACUUGGGAAGGUUGAACACCAGACGGGCUGCAGCAUUCUGGAUGAGUUGUAGGGGUUUAAUGGCACAGGCAGGGAGCCCAGCCAACAGCGAGUUGCAGUAAUCCAGACGGGAGAUGACAAGUGCAGGGAGGAGAAUGUGGCAAAGAGCUUCCUAGGGUUAGAGGCGGAUGCUUGGAAUUUAGAGUGGUAGAAAGUGGCCUUAGCAGCAGAAACUGAUGAAGAGAAUGUAGAGAGGAGGGAGUGAGAAGAUGCCAGGUCCGCAGGGAGUCUAGUUUUCUUCCAUUUCCGCUCGGCUGCCCGGAGCCCUGUUCUGUGAGCUCGCAAUGAGUCAUCAAGCCACGGAGCUGGAGGGGAGGACCGAGCCGGCCGGGAGGAUAGGGGACAUAGAGAGUCAAAGGAUGCAGAAAGGGAGGAGAGGAGGGUUGAGGAGGCAGAAUCAGGAGAUUGGAGGGAGAAGGAUUGAGCAGAGGGAAGAGAUGAUAGGAUGGAAGAGGAGAGAGUAGCGGGAGAGAGAGAGCGAAGGUUGCGACGGCACAUUACCAUCUGUGUAGGGGCAGAGUGAGUAGUGUUGGAGGAGAGGGAGAGAGAAAAGGAUACAAAGUAGUGGUCGGAGACUUGGAGGGGAGUUGCAGUGAGAUUAGUAGAAGAACAGCAUCUAGUGAAGAUGAGGUCAAGCGUAUUGCCUGCCUUGUGAGUAGGGGGGGACGGUGAGAGGGUGAGGUCAAAAGAGGAGAGGAGUGGAAAGAAGGAGGCAGAGAGAAAUGAGUCAAAUGUAGACGUAGGGAGGUUGAAAUCCCCCAGAACUGUGAGGGGUGAGCCAUCCUCAGGAAAGGAACUUAUCAAGGCGUCAAGCUCAUUGAUGAACUCUCCAAGGGAACCUGGAGGGCGAUAGAUGACAAGGAUAUUAAGCUUAAAUGGGCUAGUGACUGUGACAGCAUGGAAGUCAAAUGAGGAGAUAGACAGAUGGGUCAGGGGAAAAAUUGAGAAUGUCCACUUGGGAGAGAUGAGGAUUCCUGUGCCACCACCCCGCUGACCAGAUGCUCUCGGGGUAUGCGAGAACACAUGGUCAGACGAGGAGAGAGCAGCAGGGGUAGCAGUGUUUUCAGUGGUAAUCCAUGUUUCCGUCAGCGCCAAGAAGUCGAGGGACUGGAGGGUAGCAUAGGCUGAGAUGAACUCUGCCUUGUUGGCAGCAGAACGGCAGUUCCAGAGGCUGCCUGGAACUCCACGUGGGUCGUACGUGCAGGGACCACCCGGUUAGAGAGGCAGCAACCACGCGGUGUGAGGCGUUUGUGUAGCCUGUGCGGAGAGGGGAUUUUCUAUUCACCUUAACUUUUACUGCUAAUAUGCAUAACUUCUGAGAAUUCAUUAUUAUAUUAAUAAUAUCAGUUUCACAGGUAAAAUAAACUCUAAAAGAAUAACUGUUGUAAUCAUCUCCUGCAUGUUUUUGCCAUAUUGAAUGUUAGUGUUGUGUGGUGUCAUGGUCAAACUGCUCUCGCAGUGUAUCUGAUUUCAUCAAUCCUCUGCAUUCAAUCAACAAAGUUCUACCUCUUGCUCCCGGAGUCCUUUAGUUGUUUUUGUGCUAUCAUCAAUGGGCGAGGAGGCACAGUUUCGUUGUUUUGUAUUUGGACCUCCGAUAACUGUCCGUAACAGAAUAAAUAGCUGUUUCCUUCAAUGGCUGCCAUUGAUAUAGAAAUACCCUAAAUAUCCCUAAAGAUUUACCUUUAAAAAGCAGUUUACCUGACACAUUGAAUAAAUGUCAUCUAUAUGAGUGAGUGAGUUAUUGAGAGACUCACACAAAUCCAUCAAUGCUCUUCAGUGGCGUCAUCUUCACACAAGUGUAACACUGCCUGUGUUCGGUGCUGUUUCAUGUCUGGAGCAUUAAUGGGUAUACGUCCAAUGACGUAUAUAAACUCUGGAUUGCUGACGCUAUGUAUUGGCCAUUGAGAGGCUUUGAAGCCACCUGUCGGCCAUAUUGGCACUCCCUAGUAGGAGCAGUCCUCCAUAGGAAUGAAUGGAAUUCAACAGUAUUUUAAUUUAAUGUUUCAAGGACAAAAAUACAUGUAUUUUGUUGUUGUAGUGGGGACAGUAAUAUUAGUACUCUCUAAAAAUAUAUACUUUAAGGAAUUGUUUUUAUUUUUAUGUUUAACUCACAUACAAUUUAAAAGUAUGCAUUAAAGUGUCUAAUAAUAUAAUAAACAUGUCAAAAACGAAUGUAGACAUUAAUAAAUGCAUUUCUAUAGUUUCCUAAGUCUUUCUUUUUUUACAAUUGAGGAGGAGUACCAAGAUGGCUGCGCAGUGGCUUCAAUACAGCACACCCUGUCAGUCAUCCAGGGUUUAUACACAUUGGUAAUGUCUGCUCUGCGCUCACACAGUGCCAUGUUCACUGUGAUCUUUGAGGGCAUCAUUACUUCACGAUGCAUUUUGACAGAGGGUUUUUUAUCCUUGGUGGUGGCAGCUUCAGAAAAUCUACAAUGAUGACACAGUCGGGAAAAACUGGAAAUAAAAGAACAGGCUGAGAGAGGUGUUUUGCAGUCUUAACAAGCCACUGUAAAGGUCGGGUGUGUUUUGUAUGUGUAAUCAAGGCCACUUUUCCAAGCGAGUGAUUUGAUGAGGAAACGGUCCAUUCGUUAAGAGGCUUAUCGCUCCUUCCUCUUCUGAUAAGUAGGCUUCAUAUGCUCCACUAAAGAUGUCUUAAGUAUAUCCAGAUACUCUUUUCCUGUGUGAUAAAUUGUAUAUGAGUAAUUAUUUGGGCUUUGGUAUGUUAUCAGGGCACCUUUUAUAUGUUCUGCUCACUGUGUGAAACAGCUUACUGUCCAUAGCCAUGCUCUGCAGUGUAAGGAGCACCACCUCUCAAUAACAAAUCAUGUCUGGCUAUUUUUUGGGGACAUUUUAGUCAUUUAGCAGACACUCUUAUCCAGAGCAACUUACAAUUAGUGAGUGCAUACAUUUUUCAUACUAUAGGCUACACAUUUCCCUUCACACUAUUCCCUCAUUCUUUUCUCCUGUUUCUGUCCAUUUCCUGUCUAGCCAGUGCUUCCCAUACUGCACCUUAAUCAUCCUCAUCCCUCACUCCUCUCCUCCUUCCAGAGACGACCCUGUCUCGGUCCUUUCUACACCUUGCAGCACGCCUCUUGUCAGUGCUAAGAAAUAACACCUUCCUCAUUGGCUCCCACUGCCCCCCCACCCCCUUUUUCUUUUAACAAAAGUAAUUUCCUAAUUUCCUCUGUUCCGUCCCUCUCUGCUGCACAUGCCCGUAGGACACUCCAUUUCAUCUUGCUUUGAACUCAAUUUUAAUUUUGCGCGGUAGCAGUUUUUUUAUUGACAUAUUUAUUAAUUUAUGACUACUCACAGCCCCUGCGUGUGCUCACCUUUUCUCUCUGUCUUUCUCUCUCCUCCUCAUCCCAGGGGAGAACAGAGCUCAUUAAUUCAGUGUUGGUUUAAUCCCUGCCAUCUUGUCAGAGCCUACUUUGUCUGGGGCUUGUUCCUACUGUAGCAGCCUGAGCCACUCAGCUUGAGGAGCCACUCAGCUUGAGGAGCCUCACUGAGAGUAAGAGAGCUAUGUUCCUGGCCCAAGGUCGACGUGCCUUUCUUUACAUGUUCUGGUGGCCAAUGGUGGAACUCCCCGCCAGGAUAGUGAUAGCUCAAGACCAUAUCCCAUCAAGUGCACUUGUUGCACCAUUUGAAUAAAGGGAGACUGUUCAGGGGGCAGCUGAAUAGACAGCUGAGUGCUCUACCAGAAGUGCUCUCUCAUGGUGUAGAAAAGAGGACUUGGAGGUGACAGAGUGGGUAAGUAGAGUAGGCCUAUAUGGUGUUAGCAUCGUUAAAAUGCCAUAAAAUUGCAAUGGUUAGUCAGAACUCUAAAGAGACAGUCAAAUGACACAAAUUAACACAUUGGCCAAAGAAAAUGUUUAGAUUAGGUUGAUACAUGUUUGUAUGUCUAGCCUAUGUCUUUGGAAUCAUGACUGUUUGUAUGCAUGUGCCUAGUAUGGGAGUGUUUACCUGUCUAUAUGGGCAUGUUCUUUCAACUGUUGUCUACAGGGUACCCUCUCUACUCUGUAUUUGAGAAGUUUGCUUUAGUCUGUAAUUAGCAUGGCUAGAGGAGAAUGUCAUACGUGAGCUGGAGUACCCUUCCCCUCAUGCCAUCACGUACCUCUCCUCCUAGCCCCCUCUUCCUCCCCCUCCUCUCCUCUAGAUAGGACAGGAGCUAAUGGAGACCCAGGGUGAUUGGUGAGAUGACAUUUUACUCAGACAGGGGAAAGUGUAAUGGGCUCUGUGAUGUACUAUUGAAGAGGUCUCAUGCUCUUCUCCUCUCUCACAACCUGGCUGUCUAUCUCUCUCCUGCUGACGGAGCCCUUCUCUCCUCUUUUUCUCUCCUCCCUCUCUCUUUCAGACGCCAAGGAGAUAGUCCUGAAGGCCCAGAUUCUGGCUGGGGGACGAGGGAAGGGUGUGUUCAACAGUGGCCUUAAAGGUGGAGUGCACUUAACUAAAGAGUGAGUACCCCCGCCAGCCGCACUCACUGAGGUGUGGUUUGAGUAAUGGACCCUUCAGAGAAUGGUUCUGUUCUUUUUCUCUAACUACUGCUUCAGUUAUCCCUCCUAGACACAGUGUUGCCUUCCCUCUGCUGCAGCUACUUAAACAGACCCUGCAAUAAAAAGCUACGUUUGCUACUUUAGGGACAACUGCCCCCAAUUAAACUUUGAAAUAGUGAAUUUAUCAUUGGGAAAUGUCACUGUGCACACCUCACUGAAUGUUACUGUAUCAGGUUAUUGGAGCUCUGAUACAGUGGAGCUCAACCGUAUUGUGUUCUUCUAGCACAUUGUUAUAGGCCUAUAUUGGCCAGAUUUCCCUAACAAUCUACUGUUUGUCCAUCUUAUAUCACAUCAACCCACAUCUUCAUUGGCCAGCUACUAGAUUGUUUCCUCUGCAGAAAAUGUUAUGUAACCAAGGUAGCAGCGUGACGAUAAGGCCUGAACUGUGAUUUACGACAAAUGGCUACAACAUAUGUAUCAUUGUCACACCCUAUUUCAGUAUUUGGGAUAACCAGAAACUUUUCUAAGUGAACCAUCUGAAGUUAAGCAUCCCCAGACGGUGACCUGUGUGUGUGCACACAGUUCACUCUCCUACCAUCUAUCAAAGCAAAGCACAAACUCAGGCUUCAUUUGUAUGUUAUAAAAACCAGAGCAAGGCGAGUAACAGGAAUGAGACUCACACUUUCUUUAAAGAGCAGCCGAAACCAGGAGAGCCUUACAAUCACACUGCAAAUGUGCUGAACCAUGUCUUUGUUGAAAAGAAAACGUUACUCAGGAGCUGAAAAUAAUUACUCUGUUAUCUGCUAUGGUUGAUAGUCCUCUAUUUAUGAAAGAUGUUUGUCCUCUAGGUUUUUGUCUGUAAUCAAAGAUCUAUUAAUUAAGUAGUUGUAAUUGAGACAAUCCUGUCUCUUCUUUAGCCCCUCUGUGGUGGGUGAGCUGGCCAAUAAGAUGCUAGGCUAUAGCCUGACCACCAAACAGACGCCAAAGGAGGGAGUGAAAGUAAAAACGGUAAGUCAUAGCUGGAGGUAAAAGAACAUUUUGUUUUUCUCAUUUCAGGGUAAUUUCAAUUCAGUAAUGCAGUUCCAUGAAAUGAAUGACUGUACAAGCAUCGGGGCGAUAAUACAUUAGUCUAUAUUGUUUUCUGUUCCUCUAGUUCUGGGGAUAGGUCCCUGGUGGAGACAUGCCAUUUGAAGCCAGUGUCGUUUGUUGUGUUUGUGCUAUUUGGUGUCAUGGUUCACUGCGAUAAAUAAUAAAUGCGAGUCAGGGCCUCUCAGAGACCAAAGUGUUAGUCACGUAAACAACCAUUUCCAAGUGUCACUAACAAGCAGGAAUAUUAUUUUCCUCACUCACACACUGCAGCCCACCCAAAAACACACAUUUCCAGGUAAUAAACCCUUCUCCGCCUGUAGCUUGUGUUUCUCUCCCUUUGCUGCUUUAGUGAAAUGUGGCCUGGAGCUCACCAUUAACGCUUGUUUUCAUUCCUGCCAGCCAGGCACACACCUUGCUCUGCUCCUGCUGCAAAGUUUAGGAGAAGUAUCAAAUUACUGUCACAUUUGCCAUUUUUAGAGAAAGCGCUGGCGGGGAAAGAAGUUCACUACCAGGGCUUAGGGGAAAGAGAAAAAUAUAAACACAAAAACUGUGAAAGCAUUGUUGUGAGAUGUCAUUUCAUAUUGUAACAUUAGCUGCAUUAUCUAUCCAUAGCACAUGUAAUCUGUUAGAUGACUGACAUAAUAACACCAUUUCUGAUAUUGUUUUAUUUUGUAAACUAAGCAUAUAGGAAUAGAAAAUAUAUUUAUUGCAGAAAUGUAUCAUGAUAAAUCAUCCCAGAGGGACCUAUGAUAUGAUAUGCAGGCAUGUAUCACACAAACCGGUACACACUAGAUUAAUUUCCCAAAUGUGCAGACAUUCACAGACAAGGGAGAUAUAAUGCUACCUGCUGUUAGUGGCUGUAGUCGCAGGCCCCUCUCAAAGCCCGUCUCAGAUUAGAUUAGGCCUGGGAUCAAAGUAAUAAAGUAGCCAGAGAGCUGCAGUGAUUGAACAGGACCCAGGCCUCUUAACAUGGGCCCUCUUUAACAGGCUGUAAUUAUAUUGUCAAGCUCUGUUUCGCUGAAUGAGAACCAGGGGUGAGCUGUCAGCCUGCCAUUGUAACACGUCCCCUUCACUUCAUUAUACUGCAGCCAUCCUCUCCAGACAUGACACAGAGCAUUAUCUCUACUGGCAGGACAGACCAGGGCUGGGGAGAGGGGGAGGAAAUUGCCAGGACAGACCAGACCAGGGCUGGGGAGAGGGGGAGGAAGUUGCCAGGACAGACCAGACCAGGGCUGGGGAGAGGGGGAGGAAGUUGCCAGGACAGACCAGACCAGGGCUGGGGAGAGGGGGAGGAAGUUGCCAGGACAGACCAGACCAGGGCUGGGGAGAGGGGGAGGAAGUUGCCAGGACAGACCAGACCAGGGCUGGGGAGAGGGGGAGGAAGUUGCCAGGACAGACCAGACCAGGGCUGGGGAGAGGGGGAGGAAGUUGCCAGGACAGACCAGACCAGGGCUGGGGAGAGGGGGAGGAAGUUGCCAGUACAGACCAGACCAGUGCUGGGGAGAGGGGGAGGAAGUUGCCAGGACAGACAAGGGCUGGGGAGAGUGGGAGGAAAUGCCAGGACAGACCAGGGCUGGGGAGAGUGGGAGGAAGUUGCCAGGACAGACCAGGGCUGGGGAGAGGGGGAGGAAGUGAUAGAAGAAAGAGGAGAAGAGCGUAAUGGAGGGUGAGAGGGGCACAGAGAGCCAGUUAGAUUGAGAGAAAGACCAGGAGAGGGUGGUAGUAGUGUGGAAAAUAGAUCAAGACUUUAAGCAGAGAGAGAAAGAAGGCUGCACUGUUUGCCUGUUUGCAUGGGACAUGGAGUCCAAAUUAACUCUGUCCAGUUAGGCCCAGGGAACUGAUAACAAACAACCAACUCAUCUCUAUCCCUCUGUCUUUCCAUCAAUCUCUCUCUGUCUCUCUCUCCCUUGCCAUCUCCCAGCAGGUUGCUUCAUUCCCAGUAUAGCCUAGAUUUAGAACCCAUAGGUUCUCUGGGUUGUAAUAAUACUAUCUCCUGUGUCUGUAUCUGAGGCCAGUCUGUGAUGUGAAGGCAGUAGGCUGACUCUCUCCCUACUGACCAGGUGAUGGUGGCUGAAGCCCUGGACAUCACCAGAGAGACCUACUUUGCCAUCCUGAUGGACCGGGCCUGCAACGGCCCCGUCAUGGUGGGCAGUCCUCAGGGUGGGAUGGACAUAGAGGAGGUGGCCGACAAAACCCCAGAACUCAUCUUUAAGGUACAGUACUGUGAGCUCUGCAACAGCAUAUGUUACAAAUGACUAUAGAUGUUAACAUGGAACCUCUCACCAUUCACUGUACUUGUGAUCCAAUAGCUUAAUAUCUCUUACCAUUAACUACAGUACAGACAUCCCUGGUAUCCCUGUACUUCCGUCUGACCGUGUGCGCAGGCGCGCUCUGGCUCUCUCUCUCUCUCUCUCUCUCUCUCUCUCUCUCUCUGGCUUUCGCUCUCUGAUUGGCACAAUGCAUCCCUUGAUGGAGAGAUCCCUUCUCCAUGUUAGAAUCUUAUCUCUACAAGUGCCUGAUAAUUAUAAAGCCAUAAUUUCAGGCCCGGUUCUCCUUUCCUCACGACUGGCAGGUUGCCACCACUUAAUUGCAUAUCGUGAUUUAAUAUGAACAUCCACUGUGUGUCAAAUUACCAUCCAGUGUUUGAGUCACCAUUCUCUCCGCUUUCUCUCUCUCUCUCUGCUCUCUCGUACCACAGGAAGUUAUAGAUAUUUUCGAGGGUGUGCGAGAUGACCAGGCGCUCCGCAUGGCAGCUAAUUUGGGUUUCAAAGGACCUCUGGAAAGACAGGUAAUAGGCCCGACAAAGCUCUCUGAGCCGCAGUGCAGAGAAGCAGAGUCGCGUACACACACCAAAGACCCACAGUACUGAACUCAGAGCUGAUGAAACCAGAUAGGAUACUGCCUGUCUACUGGGCUCUUUAUGCUGAAUUACAAGGUUUAUAGAACUCCAUAAUGUCCUUGUACAACAGACAAAGCUUUAUACGUUUGAAUCUAAUCAAAUUGUAUUCGUUACGUACACAGUUAACAGCAGGUAUAAAAGGUGCAGCGAAAUGCUUGCUUGUUUACCGUUAUAGUACAUAAUUUUUUUUUUUUUUUUUGAGGGGGGGGGGAGUCCUCUCAAAAUCAUUGCUGAUGAAGCCAAUUCUGGCCAGUGUAAACUGGGUCAGAGACGCACACAAAAAGACAAACCCCAAAAUUCAAAUUUGAUAUUAAGUUGUUCUCCAGUUCCUUUUAGAGCCAUUUUUCUUGUAGCAUCAUAAUGCUAAUUUGUAUUCCUAUCCAUGAGCACAGCAGCUUAAAGAAUCGGAUUCGUUCAGAAUGUUAAAAUGCAGAAAAAGUAUAACUCAACUUAAUGAAUUGUCUUUUGAAAAAUGAAAUGAACAUACACAAUUGUCUGAGAGGUACACCCUGUGUAUUACGAGCCUGUCUUGAUAUUGAAUGGACAUUGAUUUUAACAGCCUUGAGGAAAUUAAAACAAUUCACUAAGUUCUUCCAACUCUUUCUUUUAAAGCACAUCAGUUGCCACAGUCUGUUCGAUUCACUGCUAAUUACAGCGGUUGUGGGUGUGGAAUUGAAUGUUAGGGUAAAUAUAUUGGCUGCUUUGAAGAGUCUUGGUGACAAAGUGUGUGAUUGUGUGUGUCUGUCUGUGAGUGUGUGGCAGAGAGCAGUGCUAACAAUGUUUUCUGUCAGGCUGUUUUCAUAAUCAAAAGAGCAGCUCGGUUGCAGGGACAGACAGAGACAUCAGUUCAACCCCUGAUUCUUUGAAAAGAGGAUUCAUUCCAAUGACAGCCACUUCAAUAGUAAUACUGCGCCUGUUAGGAUAAUGUGGCACAAUUGACACAUUAUAACUCUUACUCAGUGCUAAUGCAUUAAUAUACCACACAAAGGCUGUAUUAUAGUAGUUUAAUUACUGUUUUCAUUAGGCUAUGUAGGCUUAGUCAUGCAUGCAAUGCAUUCAAUUAUAUAGCAUUUAUAAGUACUAUUAUUUAUAUAUAUAUAUAUCUAUAUAGCCUAUAUUUUGUACAGUAUGUGAGAAAGGCGUAUUGAGUUGUGUUAUAUAAAGAAUUCAACACCUGCACGCACAUGAGCGAACACACUCGGCUGAGAAGCAGGCCCGCCAAGGCCAUUCAGCAGCACGCACACACUAAAUAAAACAUGACAAAAUCACCUUUUACAUGUGCUGAGUGGCCUUGGCGGGCCUGCUGCUCAGAGGCGUAUUGUUGGGUAAUUACUGUCCUUUGUGGAACUCACAGGCUGCAGAUCAGAUUAAGAGGCUCUAUGAUCUGUUCCUGAAAGUCGACGCCACUCAAGUUGAAGUCAAUCCUCUCGGAGAGACUCCCGAAGGACAAGGUACGACUCUCUUUUUUCUUUCUCUUUUUGGUGUCUACAUAUCAGAAGUUCUGUUUAUCUGGAUCUGUCUUUGUUUGUUCUAGCUCUCUCUUUUUCUCUCUCAUUUGCUCUCUCACCAUGGGAGUGUAUUAUGAGAUUUUAGGUAUACUGUAUAUUGUAGCAUAUCACUAUCCUGAAUUAAAUCUCAAACUAAUUGCCUCUUGAGUAACACUCAGUCAGAUAAACUGAUAGAUGACACAACUCUGCUUCUCCACAGCUUUUGAUGCAUUGUUAUGAAACAAGUUCUCGUUGUAGGUCUGGUUCAUCAGAGUGACAAGAAAAUAACAUAUUGUAGCCUAGUAUAAUAAUUGCUUAUGAAUAUUGAUGAGAGGUCUAUUUUGUUGUACUAGCAAGGCAGAAGCAGUGUUUCUGUAGACUUACAUUGAAAGUAGCUAAACUUGUUCUUCAUUUUGUACAUAUUCAACGAGGGAAUGGAAUCAAGUACCAUGGAUGUCUGUUAUUCAGUCGAGUUUAAACAGCACACCACAGUACCGAAGAACAUCACUGUAGGCAGAAAAGUUACUGCAUUUAUUUUCGGUGUAACUGAACCCUCAUCACCAGAGGGACGAUAAGACCAAAUUACUGUUUAUCUCUGAAUUCUUUUAAAUUUCGUGAACAACAAUAGUGACUAAAAUAUUCGGCAAAAACCUAUUUUUCAGGGGCAGUUGAUGAGGCUAUAACUUACUAAAUAGACACUGAAAAAACAAACUAAACUACAAUUAUUUUUCAUUUCAGUUGACUAAAACUAGACAAAAUUAUCUCUGUGACAAACAUUUGACUACUAAGUGGACUGAACAAGAGUUUGUGGAGAGAUUGAGAGCUUUUCAGUGAUAGGCACAAUUAAUAUUAGCAGCACAGAUGCGCAGCGCUGUUUUGUUCAGUGGGAAGGACGAGUCACACCCGGCAAACACAGCCUACAUCAGGUGGUGAGCUGUGAGGGAGCAAGCGAUGAGUGUGGGCAGACAGGUUCCGCCCCGGCUCCGCCUCUGAUUAUACACAUCGCGCAGUGACUCUCUUGCUUCACCUUAGCUAACCAGUCACCACCAGCCAUCUAGUUAGCUACCCUUUGUCUGGUUAAGAAACACAAGCUACUUUACGAAAUUAAAAACUAUAGCAGAAUUGAGUUUAAAAACUAUAGCAGCAUUAAGUAGGCUGUCUUUGAAUUUGUAGUCUCGCUCAACCCUCCCACCUUUCCCACUGCAUUUCAUAUACAGGUUCUAUAUUCAAGACUUCCUCUUUUCCUCAGAGAAAACGAUUUGAUUCUAGCCCUUAGACUACCGUUCAAAAGACAUGACUCAUAAUACCGCCACUAAAUUUUUUUAUUUCUAUCGUGCAUUGGCGGGCCACAUUUUACAUUCAGAAAUCAUAUCGUGGGCCAUUCUAAAACUAGGUUACUUGUGGACCGGCUCGUUAACCAUUUGUUAAGGCUACACCAAAUAUUUUUAUAACUAACCCAAGAUAGACCACAGCCUGUCAUUUCCAAUGGGAGCAAAUUAAUCAUAGUGGGCAAAACCAAGCACGAGCUAGCGAGAGACUGUUGGCGCGUUCUAGCAUGUAUUUUCAUAUUUCCGUUAGGGAACGCCUAAUCUCGGCUACCCAGAAGUAAUAUUAUCUUGUGAAAAUGUGUCAUUUCCUGUUUUACUUCUGGGGGGAAUUACAUUAACAAUUGUGAUUACCUUUGUGCAAAGGAAGGAAGAGAAAUCACCUUCCUGGCAAAUGGGAACUCUUGGCCAAACCCCUCCCUUCUGCUAAUUUCACCCGUGUUUGUCAUCGCCAAAAAGCACAUUUUUGUUUUUAUGAAACAGACCAUUUUGUCUUUGUGGCUGUGGAAUCUAGUGGAAACCGUUUAUCAUCCGCACGCGGCUUGAAAAUCACCUCACUGAUUCAACCAAAUAAUCAAAGACGAAAACCCAAAACCAGGAACUACUGCUGCUGGUAAUCACAUAAUUCUACAUGAGCCUGGACAGAUUCUCGCCGUUUCAUCUGUCCACGAGAAUCUGUGCAAGAGAGAUUAUGGAACUAUUCUGUGAAGUGCGCGUGUGCAAUAGCGCAAUUUUUUAAAACUUUGGCAAAGGGUAAAAUCAACAAAACGUUGUCCACUCUGUUCUUAACAGAUUCUACACUGAACAGAAAUGUAUAUGCAACAUGCAACAUUUUCAAAGAUUUUACUGAGUUACAGUUCAUAUAAGGAAAUCAGUCAAUUGAAAUAAAUUCAUUAGGCCAUAAUCUAUGGAUUUCACAUGACUGGGAAUACAGAUAUGCAUCUGUUGGUCAAAGAUACCUUAAAAUAAAAGGUAGGGGCAUGGAUCAGAAAAACAGUCAGUAUCUGGUGUGACCACCAUUUGCCUCAUAGCGCGACACAUCUUCUUCACAUAGAGUUGAUCAGGCUGUUGAUUGUGGCCUGUGGAAUGUUGUCCCACUCCUCUUCAAUGGCUGUGCGAAGUUUCUGGAUAUUGGCGGGAAUUGGAACACGCUGUCAUACAUGUCAAUCCAGAGCAUCCCAAACAUACUCAAUGGGUGACAUGUCUGGUGAGUAUGCAGGCCAUGGAAGAACUGGGACAUUUUCAGCUUCCAGGAAUUGUGUACAGAUCCUUGCGACCAGGGACGGCUUGUUCAAUAGGGCGAUAUGGGCGACGCACUGCCAAACGGGAAAAGGAAGGGAUUUUUUUUCUAAUCAAUUAUAAAAAAAUAAAAUAAAAAAAAUUAUAAUUUUUUAAAAUAAAUUUAUAAAAAAUUAUAUCACGGCAACAGCAGUUAUCAGUGUUCACGUCUGAUCUGCCAGCCACUAAAUGUCAAAUCAGGCUAAAGUCGUGCUUCAAAUGGCCCCGCCCGUUUUUUGGGCGAUUUCAGUCAGGUUGAAAAUCGCCCAGAAGUCUCUCAUAGCCUGUCAUGUAAAAUCUAUUUUUUUCACAUUUCAAAGCUUUCAAUACAUUCUCUAUGGGUGUCUGUGGGCUUGCACUUACGCGCUUUCGUCAUACGUGACGUAACGUUGAACGUAACUAAGACAAUGGCGGCUAUCAGCGUCUAUGUUGCGACCUGCAGUGUGGCGUUAUUUUAUGUUUUUAAUUUGUAGACUUAGUUUACAAACAUUCUGCAAACAUUCUGCUUUGGACUGAUCUUCGGUUUUGGACUGAUCUUGUUGAUCGUGUACAUACCCGCUACGAACGGACUAAAUAAUGAAAACGCUGCUGGCAGAGAGUUGGAGCCGGCCACCUUCACCCUGGUCAGAGCGGACCGCGAUCCUGGUAAGAGAGCGACUCUGUAACCCGACAUUGAACUGCUUUCUGUGUCAUUGAACCUUACUAUUGUUGAUAAAACAAGUUUACUGGAGAACGGAGAAAAAGUAGAGACUUUUGGACAAGGUGGAUAAUUGUAUAAUAUAAGGCAGUUUAUUCAGAGGUAAAGAUAUCUGCAAUCGCGUUCACGGACCCGUUCGUCAAACUCUUAGGGAGCUAUAAAUCAAGCCCCAUUACUUACCAUAUCAGAUAAGAGAAAUUGCUGCAGCUACAUAUAUUUUACAUCCUGGCCCUACAUAGUUCACUAUUUGCAUCACUUACCAAAAUAUUACAUGUGGUCAUAUAUGCUUGGAAAGUGGAGAUGCCAUAGAACGUCAAAAAAGUAAACAUUGCUGGAGACACAUUGCGUUUGCUAGCGAAGAGAUUUGUUGUGGCAAAUGAACUUGGGCUGGGAAUUGCCAGGAACCUCACGAUAAGAUAUAUGCAUCAGCAUUGCGAGUCUCAUGAUUCUAUACGUAUUGCGAUUCGAUACUGUGAUUUUAUUGCGCACCAUAUGUCUGUUGCAGAGGGAUCAGAAAGCCAUGAGAACGAGUUUUGAUCAGUCAUGGAAAUAAAAGUGCUGAAAACAAAUUGGCUCCCAAUGUGAAAAGAUUGAGAACAAGCUAUGAAGGAACAAUAAUGGUGUUUUGGUGCAGGUACAGCCAACUAGCGCUAAAAUAUUGCGAUAUUGUCAAUACAGUAUAUCGUAAAGUAUCACUAUGUAACUCGAUUUCUUUCACCCCAAUCCCUCAAAUUAACGGUAAAUAACUGAAUUGUUUGCCCCACAUUUAGCUAAGAUGAUUAGCUAGCCAGCUAAAAUGUUUUAUUUAGUUAGCAGUCGCAUCUACAAUAGUUUACUGUCAAUAACAUGUCUCCAAAAAUGACGUGGUGUCUCCAAUUGUGUUGACAUUUUACAAUUGCAAUGCGCAUCCAUGAGUAUCCACUUUCUGUAGCUCAGCUGGUAGAGCAUGGUGCUUGUAACGCCAAGGUAGUGGGUUCGAUCCCCGGGACCACCCAUACACAAAAAUGUAUGCACGCAUGACUGUAAGUCGCUUUGGAUAAAAGCGUCUGCUAAAUGGCAUAUUAUUAUUAUUAUUAUUAUUAUUAUUAUUAUUAUUAUUAUUAUCUGAAGAGAGCCCCGAAAACAUUGUGUGCAGACAUUUUAUGCAAUAAAUGAAGUAGGUUCAAUCUAGUAGUUCUGAUCUUCUGAUUGGUCCUGAUGAGUUGGGCGAGGUCCCCUCCAGGCUACUGUCACUGUUGCAUUGGCUCUGAGUCGGGUUCUCUGUCUUCAAAUGUUCAGCCUAAGAGAGGGGAUUUUUGUGUGUGUGUGUGUGUGUGUUUAACAGUGAUGAUGUGUGUGUGUGUGUGUUUAACAGUGAUGAUGUGUGUGUGUGUGUGUGUGUGUGUUUGUGUGUGUGUGUGUCCUCAGAGCAAGAACUCGUGAGUUGGAAGAACUGAGAGGCCUAUGCGUGGGUGUUGUCCUUGGCCACCUGCUGACAAGGCUGACAAGAUAGGACCCUUUUGUCCAUUGUUAUUGGAUAGGAACAUAACUUAUAACCAGCUCCUGACCUAAAUAGAUCUUAGCACAACAUUUUACUCAACAUAUCAUAUUCCAUAUUCACUAUAACAAAUAUAUUUACUACGACAUUAGCAAGAACCGCCACAUCCUCAGCCGGCUAAUCCAGUGUGUGAAGUUUUGCGGAGUGUUUGAGUUAGCUUUGCGAGGCAAAGAUGAAACUGAGGGCUCCACCAACCCUGGUAAGCCAACACUUUUGAGAUCAGUCAAUAAAUGCUUCUGGUAUUGACUUGUAUGCUGCCCCUGUCUUCAUGUUGUUGCUGGACAUAUAUUUUUUUAAAUGUGUGUAGGUCACCUAAAUCAUCAGAAAAAUUGCCCCUCCUGAGAAUUUUUUCAGGAGCCGCCACUGCUUGCGACAUGGAGCCGUGCAUUAUCCUACUGAAACAUGAGGUGAUGGUGGCGGAUGAAUGGCACGACAAUGGGCCUCAGGAUCUCGUCACGGUAUCUGUGCAUUCAAAUUCCCAUCUAUAAAAUACAAUUGUGUUCGUUGUCUGUAGUUUAUGCCUGCCUAUAUCAUAACUCCACCGCCACCAUGGGGUACUCUGUUCACAAUUGACAUCAGCAAACCGCUCGCUCGCCCACCCAACGCAAUACACGCUAUCUGAGCACACUUCUCCAGCAUGCCAGUGGCCAUCGAAGGUAAGCAUUUGCCCACUGAAGUCUGUUACGAUGCCGAACUGCAGUCAGGUCAAGACCCUGGUGAGGACGACGAGCAGGUUGUGCAGAAAUUCUUCGGUUGUGCAAACCCACAGUUUCAUCAGCUGUACAGGUGGCUGGUCUCAGACAAUCCUGCAGGUGAAGAAGCCUGAUGUGGAGGUCCUGGGCUGGUGUGGUUACAUGUGGUCUGCGGUUGUGAGGCCGGUUGGACGUACUGCCAAAUUCUCUAAAACGACGUUGGAGGUGGCUUUUGGUUGAGAAAUGAACAUUAAAUUAUGUGGCAACAGCUCUGGUGGACAUUCCUGCAGUCAGCAUGCCGAUUGCAUGCUCCCUCAAAACGUGAACCAUCUAUGGCAUUGUGUUGUGUGACAAAACUGUCCCCAGCACAAGGUGCACCUGUGUAGUGAUCAUGCUAUUUAAUCAGCUUCUUAAUAUUCCACACCUGUCAGGUAGAUGGAUUAUCUUGGCAAAGGAGAAAUACUCACUAACAGGCAGGGAUGUAAACAAAUUUGUGCACAGAAUUUGAGAGAAAUAAACUUUUUGUGCUUAUGGAACAUUUCUGCGAUCUUUUAUUUCAGCUCAUGAAACAUGGGACCAACACUUUACAUGUUGCAUUUAUAUUUUUAUUUAGUGGUGUAGCCACAGAUAGAACAAGGUGUAGCCACAGAACAAUGAGCCAGAUGUUUCAGAAGGACACACCAUUUUGGAACAUUCAGAUAGAAAUAUGCUAUGAAGAACAAACAUGCCUCUCUCGCUCUCUCUGCACUUGUGGGUCUCUGUUUGUUUUGUAUGUAAUAUGCAUCUUCUAUGUAGGCUGAAUUUACAUGGCCAGAUAAUUAUUAUAUAAUAUUAUUCUUAUACAUGUAUGUCACCCAGGGGGCGGCGCACAAUUGGCCCAGCGUCGUCCAAGGUAGGGGAGGGAAUGGCCGGCAGGGAUGUAGCUCAGUAGAGCAUGGCGUUUGCAACGCCAGGGUUGUGGGUUCGAUUCCCACGGGGGGCUAGUAUAAAAAAUAAUAAAAAUAAUAAUAAUGUAUGCGCUCACUAACUGUAAGUCGCUCUGGAUAAGAGCGUCUGCUAAAUGACAAAAAAAAAUAUAUAUAUAAUUCUGCUGUUGGGAACAUAAUAGGAUGUUAUGCAGAAAAAUAUGUUGGUAGGCUAUGUAUGUUUGUGCACAUGGAAGUCAGUGAUUAAUGUUUACUAUAGAUUAAUGAGGCAAUACAAAUGUGAUGUGACUAAAAUGGCCCCCUGUUUGCCAUUUUGACAACUAGACUAAAUCAUUAUUCAAAUGACUACAAUGACUAAAACUAGACAAAAAAACACAAAAAAAGAGGGCCAAAAUGAUCCCAUUUAUUUUGGUUCCCCCUAGUGUGUGUGUGUGUGUGUGUGUGUGUGUGUGGCUGUAUGUGUGUGUGGGCUGUGUGUGUGUGUCGUGUUGCCUUUAUUACACUUGGGAGCUUCAACCCAGGUAGUAUUUCACAGAGAUGAGCCAUUACAUAGUGAAUUUACCAUUGGUUCCAUGGGGAUCCCGUGUACCACUACUGUCAUUUGUCCUCCAGGCUGUUAUAGAGUAUUGAUAGAUGAAGGCUCCAAUCACCCCUGUGGAAAUGCUUAUGGUAUAUAGUGGGCCUUACAAAGUACAAAUCCACAAGGAGCAUACCUCAGGAUUUCAGCCCUGCAAUGCUAUGAAACCUGAAGUAGUUCCACUGAUUAUCAAGCCUUAAUGAAAAGCUGAAGUAAAUACUUUGCUUGCAGUUAACAUUUAGCUUACAGUUUAUUUUGAACUGCACCUUGUGAAGUGUAAAAGUAAUGUCCAUUAUGCAUAAUAUAUUGUCCCUUAGAGGCACUGUCAAAUACACUGCUCAAAAAAAUAAAGGGAACACUUAAACAAUACAUCCUAGAUCUGAAUGAAUGAAAUAAUCUUAUUAAAUACUUUUUUCUUUACAUAGUUGAAUGUGCUGACAACAAAAUCACACAAAAAUGAUCAAUGGGAAUCAAAUGUAUCAACCCAUGGAGGUCUGGAUUUGGAGUCACCCUCAAAAUUAAAGUGGAAAACCAUACUACAGGCUGAUCCAACUUUGAUGUAAUGUCCUUAAAACAAGUCAAAAUGAGGCUCAGUAGUGUGUGUGGCAUCCACGUGCCUGUAUGACCUCCCUACAACGCCUGGGCAUGCUCCUGAUGAGGUGGCGGAUGGUCUCCUGAGGGAUCUCCUCCCAGACCUGGACUAAAGCAUCCGCCAACUCCUGGACAGUCUGUGGUGCAACGUGGCGUUGGUGGAUGGAGCGAGACAUGAUGUCCCAGAUGUGCUCAAUUGGAUUCAGGUCUGGGGAACGGGCGGGCCAGUCCAUAGCAUCAAUGCCUUCCUCUUGCAGGAACUGCUGACACACUCCAGCCACAUGAGGUCUAGCAUUGUCUUGCAUUAGGAGGAACCCAGACCGCACCAGCAUAUGGUCUCACAAGGGGUCUGAGGAUCUCAUCUCGGUACCUAACGGCAGUCAGGCUACCUCUGGCGAGCACAUGGAGGGCAGUGCGGCCCCCCAAAGAAAUGCCACCCCACACCAUGACUGACCCACCGCCAAACCGGUCAUGCUGGAGGAUGUUGCAGGCAGCAGAACGUUCUCCACGGCGUCUCCACACUGUCACGUCUGUCACAUGUGCUCAGUGUGAACCUGCUUUCAUCUGUGAAGAGCGCAGGACGCCAGUGGCGAAUUUGCCAAUCUUGGUGUUCUCAGGUAAAUGCCAAAUGUCCUGCACGGUGUUGGGCUGUAAGCACAACCCCCACCUGUGGACGUCGGGGCCCUCAUACCACCCUCAUGGAGUCUGUUUCUGACCGUUUGAGCAGACACAUGCACAUUUGUGGCCUGCUGGAGGUCAUUUUGCAGGGCUCUGGCAGUGCUCCCCCUGCUCCUCCUUGCACAAAGGUGGAGGUAGCGGUCCUGCUGCUGGGUUGUUGCCCUCCUACGUCCUCCUCCACGUCUCCUGAUGUACUGGCCUGUCUCCUGGUAGCGCCUCCAUGCUCUGGACACUACGCUGACAGACACAGCAAACCUUCUUGCCACAGCUCGCAUUGAUGUGCCAUCCUGGAUGAGCUGCACUACCUGAGCCACUUGUGUGGGUUGUAGACUCUGUCUCAUGCUACCACUAGAUGAAAGCACCGCUACCAUUCAAAAGUGACCAAAACAUCAGCCAGGAAGCAUAGGAACUGAGAAGUGGUCUGUGGUCACCACCUGCAGAACCACUUCUUUAUUGGGGGUGUCUUGCUAAUUGCCUAAAAUUUCCACCUGUUGUCUAUUCCAUUUGCACAACAGCAUGUGAAAUUUAUUGUCAAUCAGUGUUGCUUCCUAAGUGGACAGUUUGAUUUCACAGAAGUGUGAUUGACUUGGAGUUACAUUGUGUUGUUUAAGUGUUCCCUUUAUUUUUUUGAGCAGUGUAUAUAAAACGUGCUGCACCAUCACAAAUACUGAAGUAAUUAAGUCUAAUAGGACGAGGUCACUUGCCACAUUUUAUUCAACAUUUUUCAUUGAGUUUGUUAGAUGUUCAUUACAUUUCCAUUUCAAAUCCUCCUUGCUAAAGUUUCUUUGUCUAUUUGUCUUCCUCUCUCUCUUGCUUCUUUCAGUGGUGUGCUUUGAUGCCAAGAUCAACUUUGACGAUAACGCAGAGUUCCGUCAGAAAGCCGUCUUUGCCAUGGACGACAUGUCAGAGAGCGAUCCCACAGAGACAGAGGCAGCCAAAUGGGACCUCAAGUACAUUGGCUUGGAUGGAAACAUUGCCUGCUUUGGUGAGCUCUGAUUAAGACUGUCCACAACAUGCAUGUUCUAUGCAUUCAGCCAUGGCUAACCCACACCAACUGGAAUUGAGUUUUUUUGACUGGGCUGACUGGGAUCCUCUGCAGUCCAAAUUAACAACCAGCUUUCUAAUGACUCCAGAAGGAGGCCGCUGUAACCAAUGCUUUCUAAUUAGUCAUAAUAAUAAAAAGUCUCCAGUGGGCUGGAUUGUUGUUAGCAUUCUCAUUAUAGGCCUCCCCUGUCAUAAAUCAAAGCUUUAUAGUGUAGUUCUGGGCUGCUAGGGAGUAUCUCCUGGUUGCCCUGCAGCUUCAUAAACGCUGUGGCAGUAAGAGCACGUUAGUGCCUCUUUCCCGUGCCCAGCCUCUCCUACAGGACAACAGCUCCGAGCUGAUGGGCUCCUUAUAAGCUCUGUAACCCACCAAAGUGACAGCUGUUAAAGCCAGUUUCCUUUUAUUGAGACUUCUGUAGGGGUGCUUGCCAGGAUGCAGGCUUAGCGCUGAUAACCCAAAUUAGGGAAGACAUUUGUAGAGAGGUGUGUUGGCUUUAGCAGGGCGGCUGAAUCACUUGGCUCCCUGGCAGCAUAAUACCAAGCAGCCCAGCGGGUUAGGGAUACUCUCAUUAGGCUGCCUGAUAAUACGACAGAACCUCUUUUAAUCGACACUCACUUUCUGAAGUCAAGAGUGUUGCCGUAAUCACAUUUCUCUCCGCUUCUCAACUUCUUCAAAUGUUAAAUAUCCUCAUUAGAAGAGUUUUUACAGUUAGUUAGUUUUACUUUAAAUUCUCUAAAGAUUGUUAUUCCCUCUUCAUUAGAUAAUUUACUCAUUGAUUUCGCUGUGCGCUCUGUUUUUGUUUUAAUAAUUUUAUUAGGUAAUGUUUAUUGUAAUUAAAUCCCAACUACUUUUCACUGUCAGUUUUCUCUCAAGGUUUUUGUUUAAAUUUUCAACUUCAUUUAGACUCUAUUGUGGAAAAUGUAACUUCAUUGGAAUAUGUAUCAUCAAUUGUCAUCUGACUUUGCGAUGAGCACAGCAACUAUUUUGAAGGGAUGCUCUGGACUUUAGAGGCCCUUCUCUGUUUUCUGAGACCAGUAACAACAGAGUUAUCUCAACUUUCUUUGUGGUUUAAUUUCACCUUUGACCUGCCAUUACAGUGAAUGGGGCUGGUCUGGCUAUGGCCACGUGUGACAUCAUCGACCUCCAUGGAGGGAAACCGGCCAACUUCCUAGAUCUGGGAGGAGGGGUGAAGGAGAAACAGGUUUACGAGGCUUUCAAACUGCUCACUGCUGACCCCAAGGUAGGAGCACAUGUUAUAUAA